AUCCUUUCGCGACGUCGCUGUAUUAGAAGGAUACGUGAAUAUUGGAGUUGCCCUUUUUUCCGGGGGAGAGGAAGGCUGUAAUUCUGUACCGCUUUUCUUGGGGAUAAAUCCCAUUGGACGUUUAUGGAUUUACUUGAAUCAUGCUUGGGAUCGUGCUGCAGGUGCCGCUUCCUUCAGCCGGGCUUGUUCCCGCAGUGAGCCUUGCUAGGAUUGCAACCUUAUAGUGCCUGGAGGAGGCACCUGCGCUGGAAUGAGUACCCUGAGAGCUUGACUUCGUUCUCCCAAGGCAGCAGAAGAGGAAGUUCUCACUGGAGUGGUGGUCAUAACAAGUAAAGAUUCAGUCCAGCACCAGGGAAUCUCAUUAACAAUGGAAGGAUCUGUAAACCUACAGCUCAGUGCCAAAAGUGUUGGAGUGUUUGAAGCCUUCUACAAUUCUGUUAAGCCUAUCCAGCUUAUUAACAGUACUGUGGAAAUGGUAAAACCUGGAAAACUGCCCAGUGGUAAAACAGAAAUUCCUUUUGAGUUUCCACUGCAAGUGAAGGGGAACAAAGUUCUCUAUGAAACUUACCAUGGAGUUUUUGUCAACAUCCAGUAUACUCUUCGAUGUGACAUGCGGCGCUCUCUCCUGGCCAAGGAUUUGAGUAAGACUUGUGAAUUUAUUGUCCAUUCACCACCUCAGAAAGGUAAAUCAACCCCAAGCCCAGUGGACUUUACUAUUACUCCUGAAACUCUUCAGAAUGUGAAAGAGAGGGCCUUGCUCCCCAAAUUUCUCAUCAGAGGCCAUCUCAAUUCUACAAACUGUAUCAUAACACAGCCACUAACAGGGGAGCUUGUGGUAGUGAACUCAGAUGCCGCAGUUAAGAGCAUUGAACUCCAGCUGGUGCGAGUGGAAACCUGUGGCUGUGCUGAAGGUUAUGCUAGAGAUGCCACUGAGAUUCAGAAUAUUCAGAUUGCUGAUGGAGAUGUCUGCAGGAAUCUUCCUAUUCCAAUCUACAUGGUAUUCCCCCGGCUGUUUACCUGCCCCACCCUGGAAACCACAAACUUCAAAGUUGAAUUUGAAGUUAACAUUGUUAUCCUCUUGCACGAUGAUCAUCUCAUCACUGAAAACUUUCCACUGAAGCUCUGCAGGCUGUGAUUAAUUAGAAUUCUCAGGACUUCCAGUGGGACCAGAAGCUUCCUAUCAGUUGGAAAUCCAGUAGGUUGGCACUGCAUGAACUAAGCAAUGUGAUCACUCCUGUGUGUCUUAAAUCCUAUGGCAGUAAAACAGUAAUUAUUAGAUGGUUUGAGCCUGAAUGGUAUGCUGUAUCUAUAAAAGAGCAUUCACAAGAUCAGUGUCCAAUAAGACCCAGCUGAAAUUCUGCCAUAGCUCUUACUGGAGAGCCAAUCUUAAUCAGAUGUUGGAAGAGCUGCCUCUAGUGAAACUGUAUUGCAGACCAGAUAGCUCUCUAUUUGGACUAUACAUCUGUUUGAUGAUUGUAUGUGUUAGUUCUAACAGUAAGAGGUCCUAGCAAGCAGGGCUUCUGUUUAGCAGUAUAACAUUCCAACCAAAACUAUUUCUCAUCCAUGUCUUAGAAUUUGCUUACUGUGCUACAAGUAAUAAGACUAUGAAUUUUGAAAGAGUUUGCAAGUCGUACUAAAAUAGGUAUUUUAAAUCUAAAUACAAGCAGAGUGGUGGAAAUUGCAUGUACCCAAGUAAUAGACUUGCGAACUAGAAAGAAGCUAAACAUCUUUAAACAAUAGUUUUUAGAAGUUCCUGUUUUCUCUGUUAGCAUUUUAAAGAAAAACUUCAUUUGAAUAUUCCUGACCAUCAACCUUCUGUGAGGGAUAUUUUAGCUUGGGCAGUGGCUAACGUAAGUAGCAUAUAACUUACCAGUAUUGGAGGAUCAGCUGAUAUUAUGCUGCUUUCUUCUGACGAAAUUACUUUUAGUGUGAGAUGAAAUCCACUUGAAUAGGAAAAAAAAGGUGUUUAGUGCAUAGAGGAGAAGGUAGAAUACUAUGCUGCUACCCAUCCUUGAGAGGUGUCUGGUUACAAGCUUAAUAAUUAAAAUUUGAUGCAGAAUCAGCUGCUGACACUUGUAAGGGCAAAUAUGCUUAGACAUGAUCCUAUCUCCUACUCACACACUUCCGAUUGCUGAUAAUAGGUCUGAAUAAUUCAUUUAGAAGGUUCUAAUUAAUGUACACCAAAUAAUUACAACCCAUUGCUGAGUCAUUGGCCACAUACACACCAUACAUUUAAAGCACAUAAAAACACAUCAUCUCCCCCCCCCCAAGAAAUGCUGGCAGCUGUAAUGUAAUGCUACAGUUCCUAGGAUUCUCUGGGGGGGGCAUGCUCUUAAUGUGCUUUAAAUGUAUGGUGUGUACACAGCCAUUAAUCUACUUGCAUAGAGUAACAGGGAGUAUAGAGUUAAUUCUCCAAAAGUGCCUGCUGCACCAUGGUUAAUGUCUUGAUUUCUCCCUCUUAAAAAGAUGCUUAUUGCUAAAAAGCAGAUGAAGUCCGGUCAUAGAUGUAUGUGUUAGAAGGCAAACUAAAGUUCUGUGGCUCAUUCAACACUCAUAAA